AUGUCUAACAUAAAAGUUAAGUCUAACAACGAGAGAGUAGAGGACAUGCAUCUUAUGCUUUCUGAGAAAUAUAUGACAUAUAAGGAUCUAGCAGAUAGAUGCCUAAUAAACACUUAAUAAAUUGAUAAGGGAGAUAAGAGAGUAUUUUAUCUAAAGCCUUAAAGUGUAUUUUUGGAAGAACCUAGAAAAUAAAAUCAAUUCAGAAAUGAUUUCGUUAAAAUGGUUUAGAAUCCCCCAGCACCCGAGCCUUUUACUUUAUUUGCUGAUGAUCUCCAUAGAGAUUAUAUCACUUAGAUUUAAGACAAAAGUAAUCCAUACUUGACAAAAAUUGAAUUGGCUAAUUUCUAUAAGAGAAGAUAGUAUAAACUUUAGCAUAAAAAGUACAAGUUGAUGCAGAGAUGGGCACAUCAUGCAUUGACUUCAGAGUUAGUGGAUAAAGUGUCUCUGAAAUUUAGUCCUAUUUACUCAAAGUUACAAUUUGAACUGGAAAACUCUGUGAAGAGAUAUUCUAGACUAGAAGGAGAAGAUCACUUUCUGAAUACUAACAGACCUUAAACAUCAGCUGAGAAGCCGAGGGAUGAUUAAGAUGAAAAAAUGGUAAUGCUUCAUUAUUAUUUAAUAACUUAAUAGACUCCUUUGAGCACACUAAGAUUGGAUGAUUUGGAUGUAUAUUUGAGGAUAGUUACUUACGAGGAAAAAAUAAACAAAGAUGCUGAGAAAUUCAUUCAGAGAGUGAAGUGGACUCCAAUGUCUAAUAGAUAUGAAAUUUUUCAAGAGUCUAUUGAGUAUUUCCAAAAGAUUAAGGCUGAAAAUAUCGAGAAAUAAAGGGUCUAUACUAAGUAAAUCGAGCAUAAGGGAUAAGCUCUAAUACAAUUUCGAAAACUAGGAGUAUAGGGGUAAAAAGAACUUCAUCACAUCUUAUAAUCACAAUAUGCAACCAAACUAGAUAAAAGGAACUAGAAUCUGAGAGACAAAUACAUAAACACUUGCAAGUAUAACUAUGAGUCUCCGAAUUUGAUAGUGUGGAAUGACUUAGAGUUGAAAUCUUAACUAAGCUCAAGAAGUGCUGUCUAUGGCAUUCAUGGAGACUUAGAAAUAGACAGUGGGCAUUCAUUCGCCUACAGCAUUAUGGUCUUCUUCCCUACUUACUUCCACUCUCAAGUUAUUAAGAGCUAAUUUGCAAUCUAUGAUGCUGUUCCAGCUUUAAUAGAUCCAACUAGUUUGGCUUAAAAAAAUAUUUAAUCAGUGCUUAAUAGCAACAGAAGAAAGUAUGGUAACACAGUGACAGGUAGAAACACUCUCUUGGAAAAGCUUGAAAUCAAACAAAAAGAGGAGUAACUCCACACUGAGUUCAUUAAUUCAGUAGAAAAAGCGUUAUUUGGAGAAUUUAACUCAGGCCAGAUUAAAGAUUUCCCUUCUGUUAGAAUGAAAAAAAGUUUAUGGGUUUUGUAUGUUUGCUAUCAACCAACUAUCAACAAUGAUUAAAAGUAUCAGGCAGCCAUAUUAGCAGGAGAGUAAAAUCCAAUAGAUGAGUGUUUAAGACUAUCUCUAGAUCUAAUAAAUGUCCAGGAUGUUACUAAUGUUAAUCUGAUCCUCGAAAGUCUUUCAACCAUUCAUCAUGAUAAAUUGAUCCAUGGUGACAUUAAAGCAGACUUCCUGCUUUAGAACGCUUUUGUAAAAGAGUAGGAUAGAGUAGAUAAAAUAGAUGAAGCUCAUGUAUUUACUGAGGGAGAAGUCUCCUUUUUAUCGAUAUUUAAAGGUUGUCUAAAAACCAAAUCUGAGUAUGAGGACAUUUCUGAUCCAGAGCCACUAUAGAAUACUAGUAUAUUACAAGUUCCUCAGCAUUUGCUCUUCUCACUUUACAUGUUGAAGUACAUAAAAGCUAGAGAUUCUAAGAUUAAACUGCUCUAUGUAUUGAAUGCAUUCAGGGCAAUUUAAAAGAGAAUGGUCAUUGAGCUGAGAGAGAUGGGUACUCGUGAUAGAGUUAUGGGAGAUGUAAUGUUUGUAAGUCCGAUGGAACAAGGGAAAGACCAAUUUGGAUAAGAUGAGAAAGCAGAGGAUUUAUCUUAAUAAAAAAACAGUGUCUCCUCUGAAAACUUGGAGUCAUAGGCAUCUAAAGUAAUUAAGCCAGAAAAAUCUAAACUUUUAAAUAAAGUCAAUGAUCAGAAUGCUACCGACAAGGACGAAGUUGAUAUCAUCAACGAUCAUCUCGUAGAUAUUUAAAAGGUAAAGUUUAAUGGGAGAUUCCAAAACUAUAUUUACUCUACUUGUCCAAUUAUUCCAAGAUUCCAUUCCACAUUUGGAGAGCCCUUGGAUAGACAGGAAAUAUCUGCGGAGGUGGAGAAUCACAAAAAAGCAGACAAUAAGAAAGAGGAGGGACUAAGACUACUCGGUAGAGUAGAUGAUAUUUACUACGACGAAAAAGCAGAUUUCUAUUUUGUCAAGGAUGACUUUGGAAUACAUAUAAUGUUUGAUGCUUCGUUUUUGGAUAUGAAAAAUCUUGAAUAGGAGGUCUUGAAGAUAUGCUCUUUCUACAUUCAAAAGAGAGAACCUUUGCUAGAUCAUGAUUUGAGAUACAUCUACCCAUCUGUUGAUAGAUUUGAAAUUCUUGAUGAUGUAUUCGAAUGUGAGCUGGCAUUUUAAAGAGCGAAACUUGAGUUAGCUUUAACAUAUCUAGAGUGCUUUGAACAUACCACAGACACUUUGGAAUAGUAAAGAAUGGUCUAAGUCAUUAUAGAUCUAAUGGCAUUGAGGCCAAAGUUAAACCUAAAUGGUCUUCAUUUUAAGGACUCUUAUAGAGCAGAAAUAGAAAACUUCUAGUUGUAAAAGCAGCUUAUUAGGGAAGUGAUAAGGAUGCAAAUGGAGAGUGAAUUCAAGCAGAACAAUUUCAUCAGGGAAUAUCUGGAAAGAACCUAUAGAGUAAUCAUGGAAAUGGUUGAAAACAAGUUCCAAUAUCAAAGACCAGAAACUUUGGAUUAGGAAAUUAGAGCAAGAGAAAAUCUUUAAAAGGGUAUCGUUGAGGAGCAUCAGCCUUCAGAGACUAUGGCAUAGGAUUCUAUUUAAACCUAAGAUACCAUGAAGGAGAGCUAGCAGAGAAGGAGUUCAGUUGAGAACCUGACUGAUUAGAAAACUUAAGUGUUUUCAGCCAAGUUUUCAGACCCUAGAGAAUUUGCAAAUUAUCUUGGCAUACCGUUUGCUUCCCUUUAAAUGCUGAUGAAAGACUAUAAAGAAAGAGAUCCCUUAGUUAAGCAAUCUAUUCAUGAGCAUGUAUCCUUCAUCAAAAUUGAAGAGGGCUACCCGAUAUUUAUGUAUGACAUGGCCACCAAGCAGAAUAACACUCUUUCAUUUACCAAAGAUUCACAGAGAAUAGGCAUUCUUGACUUUUAUGAAUCCAUGCAUAUGAUAGUUAAGGUAGUUGCCGCCAUGCAAGGUGCAUUCUAGGAAUUAAAUGAGAUACACAGACCUGACAAUGGGCUAAUGACCACAGCUCUGGAGAUAUCAACCUAUAGAUAUUUUCUUGCUGAACUAAAAGUAGUUAAAGGUGAGAGGACACUUAGCAUCGAUCCACCUCUUGGCAUGAAUUAUAUAGAGGAUGAUAGCAUUCUAGGCAAUUCCGAUAAAAUGCUGUUUUACACAAAAGAGUUCGUGGCAGCAGCUGAAGAUGAACUAACUUCUCACAAUCCUUAUAUCUUGACUAAAAUGAACCUCAAAACUAUUGAAAAUUUCUAGUUUGAAAAUUUCCAAAAGCUAAUCAUAGAGAAUUAAGUAGCUGCAGCGAAUGGAUCACUUUUCUAAGAGUCACAGAACAAAGGAAGAAAAAUCACAACUCAUCAUGCCUAUAGGUUUUACCCAAAACUCAAAACUCGAGCCUAGAAGGUAUUCAUUCCAUCAAUGCUUUAUCUUACUUGCAACUCAAUUGAAAUGCUGAGGCUAAGACACAUACUAGUUUUAGCUGUUACUUAAAAAAAGAUACUAGAGAGAGUAUAUGAGAGACAGGUUAAACUAUUUAGCAAGGAUGGCAGGAUAUACUUCAAAGAUCAAUUCAAUUUUGAGAACUUCAUUGAAUUAAGCGAGAAGAAUUACAUAAAUUUCGUUGAUGAAGGACCCAGUUCUGGCAUUGAAAUGGACUUAGCUAUUAAUGAAUUUGAUCCCACGCUAAGAUCAUAAAUCAAUUUCUCAGACCCUGAUUCAUUUAAGUAGAUGAUCUGUCCCCUUGGUCUCGAAGAACUCAGAACAGUAGUAUCCUAUGAACUUAUGAACUUAUAGGCAUUAAUAGUAGCUACUCAAACUAAUUAAAUUUUAUUGGAUAAUAGUCAGAGAUAUCUUACAGAGCUUGAACUUUUUGCUAAAGGUGUAGUUGUGGCUAACCCUGUAUUUGAUUAUUUCAUUAAGCUUAGUGGCUCUAAUCUAUUGGAGUAAAAUCUAAAGAAGCUUCAUGUUGGAGAAAGAUCAAUGGUACUCGCUAAAAUUUCAAGCAGAAUUGGGGAAGUGUUCUUCAAUAUUAUAGCAAGAAAAAAUAGAAAUAGAAAUGCUGUUGAAAAGCAUUUUUAAAAGUAUAGAAUUGAAAUAUCUCCUUCUCAGGAAAAACAUGAGAUUCAAUUUAGAAAGCUAAGAACGUUUAGACUAUCCCUCUGCUAGGAUUACUGCACUGAUGUUCUUGCAGAUGUGUAUGGUGAUGCGAUCAAGUUACAAUUACUUCUUGACUGUGACCAAAUAAGGAAGAGAGCCUACUUACUUCCGAAAGAAUCCUUGUUUAUUGAAAUAGGCCCAGGCGAAUAUGGAGAAUUUUAGUGCGUAAAUUACUAAUAAGAGAAUUAGAAUCAAGGUAUCAAGUAACUCAAAUUUCUAGAUAAAUCUAAGAGAAAGAUAAAAAAAUACUGGAAGUUACCAUCUAAUAAAGAGAUAUUAAGGCUUCCAUCUACAUAUGAUCAAGUUAGAUAACUAGAUUUAAAACACCUAUAUCAAUUUGACAUAGAUCUUACCUCUGUUAAUAAGAAAAAACUUAUUCCUAAUUUCAAGAAAAAUAAUCAGCACAAGAUUUUACAGCAGAGAUUGACAAAAAUGAUACACUAUGAGAGCAAAGAUUUAGAAAAUAUAUAUAAGGAAAAGCAAAGAUUUGUAGAGUUUCAAAAUUCCUAUUCCUAUUAGUAUCAUCCAAAUUAUACAACUAACUAUUAGAAUGGCCAAUAGAUUUCACCACAUUUAUAAAGCAUAGUAAAGUAUUUCAAAAGUUUGCAGAAUCUACUGGAUCUUGAGUUAUUCCAAAACAAAAUCGCAUCUAAUGCAUAAACAUUAGCUUCAUUAGAGAGAAAUGUACUUUGUGGAUUGCCCUUUUGGGAAGAAGGAGACGAUGCUCUCUUUGACAAUUCUAAUCAAAACAAUGAAGAGGAUGAGGAUAUUGGCAGUCCAAAGCGAGAUAAAGAUUUGAAUCAGAAGAAAUCUAACGUUGUUUAGAAUAUAGGAUAUAAGAAUGAGUUAUCAAAAUAUGUGGUUGAAAGAAUUGCUGCAGAAAAGAAAAAUAAACUAACUUUGCACUAAGAGCUAGAAUCAGUAAAGGAUAAGUUUAAUGAGAUGGAAUUAAUGAUGAAUAAGUUAGAAUUAAAUGAUGAUAUAGAAAAAGCAGCUGAAUAUUUGAAUGAUUAGGCGCAUUUAAGCUACUAUGGAUUAGUAUCAAGUUUUAGUGCUGUUCAAGAUUUUUAUCUUAAAGAGACUGAUUUUAAUGCUAAAAAAGAGCUACUUUCAAUAAAUGAACUACUCAAAAAUCUAUCUCAUGUGGAUGAUAUUAAAGUGACAUACACAAACGGUUAUCAUGUAAAUACAGCACUGACUAAGACUUAAUUCCUGAAUCUCGAUGAAAAUUGUACUAAUCCAGAUUUCACUUAGUGGGCAAGAUCAUCAUAGCCAAUUAUUGAUGAGAACGCCUUAGCCCCAUCCUAAUUUACACUUAUUGAUCAGAUGUUUGGGUAGAAUUGCAAUAUUUUGCAUUCUUUCAAAAAGAGUAAAACAUAUAUGGGCAAAAUUCAUGGAAGAGAUUACUAAUAUAUGGACUAUUCAAUGAUAAACGUUGAUAAAUCAGUGAGGAAAUACGUUUACAACAAUUUGAUAUCAGUAGAUAACUAGCUCAAGGAAUAUUUAAAGAUUAAAUUCAACCAUGAUGAUACUACGUUCAUAGGAAAUUUGAAUCAAUACUUCGACUUACUAUUUGAGAAGAAAUAAUACUUAAAGACUUUACUGAAGUCAAGGUAGCUGAGGAGAAUAGUGAUGAUUCUAUUAGGUAAUAAACCACUACCCAUUGAUUUAGAUGAGAAUCAAAGACUGCAGCAAGUGUUUCAAGAGGAUGUCUAGUGGAAAAUUAAUACACGAUGGGAUGAAUAUCAAAUAAAUAAGAUUAAAAGGCAGGAGUAGGAAUAACAAAGAAGAAAUCAACAGUAGAAAUAAUCUAUCGAUGCAAACACUAUAAAUCAAUCUUUAAGAAAAUAGGAUUAAAUGGUUUCAAAUGUUCUGACCUAGUUAGAGCUUUCCUAAGUUGAGAUAGAAAUUCUGUCUAAUGAGGUUCAAAGAUUCUUAAUAAGCGCAUCUUAUAAAAUGCUUGAUAUGGAGACUAGUGCUCUCUGCAGAGCUUUCGAAGUGAAUGGAAAACUUCUCGAAUUCUAUGUUCAUCCAUGCCAAUAAUUUGCUAGCACAAGAGAUUAGAAAGUUGAUAAAAGGAAUCAUUUAGACAUUAUAAACAAAGUGAGCUUCGCUUAAAGAUUCUUAACUUAAAUAAAGAACAGAUGCCUAGAAAUUGAAACAAUCACCUCAGGCUUAGGAAUGGUUAUUUCUUAGAAAGAUUUAAAUGAAUGCUUAGAUGAAGCUUGCAGAGCAAUAGUAAAAUAAGGAGAAGUAGAAAUGAGGACAAGAUGUGAAACAUUCGCUAUGCAACAAAUUCAAUACGAGAAUAUGAUCUAUAUAAAAGACAGACAACUCUUAAACAUGGAGGAAAAGCUGAAACAUGCAAAAAGAGAAUUAGAUAAGAUUAUAAGAACCAAAGUAUUCAGUAAGGGUAAUCAAUUGGUCUAUGAACUUGAUACCUGCACCAGACAGCUAAGAAUGAUAAAAGAUAACAUCUAUGAAAUGGAAAAGAAACUUUCAGAUAAAAUAAGACUAGAAUUCGAUCGGGAACUCAAUCAAAGGACAUUAGAGCUUGAUGAAUGCAAAAGGAAAUUCGCAGACUUCUAAAUGAAUGUAAAUGCAAGAGUAAUGGCUGAUGUUAGGGAAAAUGUAAAUAAUAUAGACACACUUAUGAAGAAUAAAGCUGACAUGUUCAAGGAUUUAUCUAAAAACACAUCUGUGAAUCAGAGCUUGAACAGUACCACCAUAAAUAUUAACAAUCUAACUAUCAAAAAUAUAACUACUAGCAAUAGUUUGAGUGCCGAUAUCAUAUCCUAAGGGGAUAAUAACUACUUCUAGAGAAUGAUGAGAGAGUAUGAAGUGCUGAAGCAAAGUGAAGGUGAAGCAAGACACGAGAUUGUUAAGUUAUAAGAAGUGAUUAGAAAAAUGAGAAUAUUUGAUAGAUUUAAGACAGUAUUGAUGAAGUAACAGUACGAAAAUAAGCUAGACAAUCUAAGAGAUCAACUAAACUCGAAUACUCUUCUCUGGGAGUAACUUGCUGAGGGUGAGAAGAGAGAGAAAAUACUUAAGAAGGAAUUAGAAUAGUCAUAAUAAGAGAUAGUUACAUAAGAGAAGAUUAUAGAGCAACUUAAAGAUGAGUUAAAGCGUGAAAGAGGGGAGAAACAGAAAUUAAUCUAGUACAAGCAAACUAAAUCUAAGAGAUUAGAUGAAUUGGAAUCUAAAGCUAGAGAGUUUGAAGUUCUGCAAAAUCUAAAUUUACCAAAGGUGUUGAACUUAUUAGAGGCAAAGGAGGAGAAGAUCCAUGAACUCAAAUCCAAAGAAAAAGUUCAAGAAGCCUAAUUUAUACAACUUGAAAGAGUCAAAGCUUUAGAAAUGACUCACUUUAAGAAGAAGUAUGAAAAUGAGGUGAAAAUGAAGUCAGAGGCGAUAUCUAAACUUGAAACUCUAAGACAUGAAUUAUUCUUAAUAGAAGGACAAGAUCAAACUGCAAUUGAUGUUUGGAAAGAUAAAUGCAAAAAUUUGAUUGAAAUUUGUAAGAGCUUUAAAGAGGAAAACGAUAGACUGUUACUAUAGACUCAAUAUCAAACCAGAUUUUAACCCAGCCAGAUAGAUACUUCAAGAAGAGAAGAAACAAAUGAGUCUUAUUUUGAUAAUGAAGUGACAGAGUCAUCGAGAAAUAAUAAUUAUGACAAGAUAGGUGCAUAAAACCUUGGAAUAGGUAGCAGCUACUAAAAGAAAUAAGCUUAAGUAAUUGAUAAGAGAAAUCCUACAACUAUAAAAGAAGACGAAAAAGAGGAGCAUGAAUAUACAAAUACUUAAAAUAGCGUGAAGUCAAGCAUAAUAGCCACAACAAGCAAGAUUGAGUACUCAAGAAACUCUGGAAACAAUUCAUCUAGAUUUAAGCUGAAAAAGGAUUUCUCAUCAAACAAUAAGUAGAGUACAAUUGUUCAAUAAUAGGUAGUGAACGAGCUAAAUUCGUCUUUAGAAAAUCCCUACUACACUGCUUAGUAGGUCAACUUGUCUGUAGUAUUGGCAGGCAGCAAUGGGGCCUUUACUGGAACAUAAUUCUAAAAUAACGCAAUGGAAAAAGCGAAUCAAUCAUUCAUUGAAUCAUCUAGGAGAGAUCCAUAAUUUGAUGUUGCAUAUAAUAAGAGAAAGUAGUAAUAUAUGAGUUAAAAUAGAGGUAACAAUAGCUUCAAUGAGAGAGAUAGAAUUGCCAAAAUGGCGGGUGUCUCUAACAUUUUCUAAAAUAAGCAGAGAAGAGGCAAUGAGCUUGGAGAAGAAUACUCACCGCCGAAGACUCCUAAUAAGCUGAAUUUUGAGUUUGAAUCUCAUACAUCAUCAAUCUAUGGAAAACUGACUCCUGUUUAUGAUCCAAAGCUAGCUCAAUCGAACUAAGUCAAGAAAACCUACUCAAUUCAUAAGCAAAAGCAGCAGGAAAAGAGUGAAAAUGUAUUCUCAAGCUUGAACAAUGGAGGAAAUUAGAUUAAUUUUAAUUCCAAAAAUUUCCAAGGAAUCUAAUUAAUGUAGACAAGCCAAGAAAACCUAAAUGACAUUAAAAUUGAAAGUAAAGACGUUUUUAGUCGUAAUCUUCAAAUAAAAGGAACAACAUAGUAGAAUUAUUUACAGUAAAAGCUAGGUCUAAGCUCAAAUCCUAACCUAAUAAGCGGCUCUUAGUUACAAACACAGAUUACGAAUCCUAGCUAGAUACAUAAUCAAAGUUUCGUUUAGAAUCAAGUAAACAAUAGAGUUCAUAAUAUAAGCAAUAUUACUUAGGAUGGAGCCACAACACUCUCACAAAGUGAAUAGAAGGAUCAAAGAUAGUAAUACUCAAAUUCUGUUAUUAAGCCAAAAGUAGUACCACCUCCAAGAGCACUUUCUAAAGAUCUUGAAAGAUCAGGUUUCAAAGGAUAAGUCAUCAGAAAAACUUCUCAAUAGCAAGUAAAUGAGUGA